GGCUGGAUGCGAGCGGAGGAGAGGAGGAGAGAGGGAUGCCGAAAAAAAAAAUUAAAACUCCCCGGCGUUCAUUUUUCGCAUCCCUCCAGCAGAAAAGGGCUGCAGACCACAACCUCCGCACACAGAGAGUGGGGGGGGUGCCACUCAGGACUGACACCUGACUCCAGCGAGAGGCUGUCACCGCGGCGGAAACUGCGCCGAAACGCCGCACAUUUGUUUUAGCAUAGGAGCGACCAUAUUGAGGUCAGAGGAAAGCGUUGCCAAGGCGACCAGCUUGCUAGGGAGGACACUGCGGCGCGCAUCACACGCCGAGAGCGAGCGAGCUUGAGUGCGUGCGUGCCUGCCAGCGUGCGCGCGCGUGCGACAGCCAAGCCGAAGCGGUCACGGCAGCCACACAGCAGCAGCAGCAGCAGCGGCGGCGACGGAAGCAGCAGCGGCGGCAUCUUCUCACACGACUACCCGGCGACAGCGCAGUCCACGACGAGCCGAAGCUGAGCCGAGGCUUGCAACGUGACUUCGGCGGCGUCGGAGUUCGCAUGAAGGGGGAUUUAUCGAGGAUUUAUCGACGACGUCCCAGAAAAAACGCUCGAAAAAACCUGAGCAGCCGCGACCACCGGGGGUCCCACACAGGUGACACUUCCCGGCUGUCAGAACCACCAAGACCCCGCGGAUACGGACACGGACACGGGGUGUUUCGUUAAAGCGUCGAUAGAAAGAGACACUCUCCCCGAGGCAAACCGGACUGUCAGCCGAGAAAUUAAUUAAUAUAUUGCCGUGGUGGAGAAGACGUUUACCGAGCCGAGCCGAGCUGAGCUGAGCCGAGCCCGCCCGCUCGGAUGGGGAAUCAUACAAUAUCCUGUAUGUGUCGGCUAAUGCAGUAGAGCGGGCUUGAUUUCUGCUAUCCAGCCUUCACUGUCGCUGUCUCCAGCAGUCAUGAAGUCCCACCUGCCGGCCCGGUUGGAUUGAACGAGGUGGUGCUGUCGGGGGACAUUUUUUUUUUGUUUUUUUUUUUUUGGAAAGGUUUUGUUUAUUUGUUUAUUUAUUUAUUUUUUAUAUAGAAGCGAGCUCUUUUUGCUCGCUUGACAUUUACCACUGCUGGAGGGAGGGUUGUUGAAGAGGACAAGGAGGAGGAGAAGGACGAAAUCUCAGGAAAACAACAACAACAGCAAAAAACAAGGAACAUCGGUGGGCAUCUGGCACCCCACCAGCACCAGAGGAUCACACAUUACCAGCCCCUGCAUCUCUCUGUAUAGAUGAGCUGCUCUCCACCAACGGGAUUUGUGAGAAUGGGAUCGUUUCAGCAACAUACUCUCCUUUACUGCCCCGUUCACUCCGAAUUCAGUGGCUGUUCAGAUGAUCCGGAUUAUAGGAGACCAAUAGGGAUGGAACGCAACAGAACCAUGGCUGGGGAAGCGUUUCGGAUUGCCGUUGCUCAGAAUCAACACUGACCUGGCAGCCAGGCCAAGGUCCGACCUCCUUCUCCAGCACCCCAAGGACCCUUCUUUACCCCAACAACUGCUUUGCUCUCCAUCUCACCUUCAGUCAGCACUCCUGGUCUGGAUCAAACCUCCAAAAAAGCUCCUUCUAGACUUUCAGGGUCUGCUUGCAUUCGUUGUUCCUCUCCCCCUCCUAUGCCCUACCACCCAGACCAUUGGUUGUAAUCCAUAUUGUCUCGUAAAAAGACAGAAAUACCCCAAAUCAGACUAAGGCGGGUGGUUGAACAGUAAGAAUCCAGUCAUGCAACCCCUUCCUCUUGCUCGAAGUAAACAAAGCCGGCGGGGUUUGUUGUCCUGGACACGCCCCCUUAGCCUUGUGACAGACUGGUGCUUAAUGGGCGUGAUAGGCCUCAUCCUGCUCUUCAGCCUGGCCUCGAGCCAGAAGAUGGACCCCUCCAAACACCCCAUAGUCACCACCAACUACGGCAAGCUCAGAGGCAUCAAGAAGGACUUGAACAAUGAGAUCCUGGGCCCCGUAGAGCAGUACCUGGGUGUCCCGUAUGCCACUGCGCCGAUCGGCGAUCGCCGCUUUCAGCCACCGGAAGCCCCUGGAUCCUGGCAGGAGAUCCGCAACGCCACCCAGUUUGCCCCCGUGUGCCCUCAGAACGUCCACGGCGUGCUCCCAGAGAUUAUGCUACCCGUGUGGUUCACCGAUAACCUGGACGUCGCAGCUGGUUACAUCCAGAACCAGAGCGAGGACUGCCUCUACCUCAAUAUCUACGUGCCCACGGAGGAUGGUCCGCUCACAAAAAAACAUGAUGAAUCUUCAAUGAACAAGCCUCGAGACGAAGAUAUUCGUGACCGCAGGAAGAAGCCGGUGAUGCUGUUUAUCCAUGGAGGCUCCUACAUGGAAGGCACCGGAAACAUGUUCGAUGCCAGCGUCCUGGCCGCCUACGGCAACGUGAUCGUGGUGACCAUGAACUACCGGCUCGGCGUGCUCGGCUUCCUCAGCACUGGUGAUCAGUCUGCGAAGGGGAACUAUGGCCUUCUAGACCAGAUUCAGGCCCUGCGUUGGCUCAAUGAGAACAUUGGCCACUUCGGCGGAGACCCGGAGAGGAUCACUAUUUUCGGCUCCGGCGCUGGAGCGUCAUGUGUCAACCUCCUGAUCCUCUCUCACCAUUCAGAGGGUCUGUUCCACAGGGCCAUAGCCCAGAGUGGAACUGCCAUCUCCAGCUGGUCUGUCAACUACCAGCCCCUCAAGUACACCAAGAUCCUGGCCCGUAAGGUGGGCUGCACCUACACAGAGACGGCCGACCUUGUUGACUGCCUGAGGCGCAAGAACUUCAGGGAGCUGGUGGACCAGGACAUCCAGCCAGCUCGUUACCACAUCGCCUUUGGCCCCGUGGUGGACGGAGACGUGGUGCCUGAUGAUCCUGAGAUCCUCAUGCAGCAGGGGGAGUUCCUCAACUAUGACAUCCUCAUAGGAGUGAACCAAGGGGAGGGUCUGAAAUUUGUGGAUGACAGCGAGGACAAUGACGGCAUCUCGGCUGCAGCUUUCGACUACACCAUCUCUAACUUUGUAGACAACCUCUAUGGCUACCCCGAGGGCAAAGACAUCCUGAGGGAGACCAUUAAAUUCAUGUAUACAGACUGGGCAGACAGGGACAAUGGGGACAUGCGAAGGAAGACCCUCCUAGCUCUGUUUACAGACCACCAAUGGGUGGCGCCAGCAGUGGCCACCGCAAAACUCCACGCCGAGUUUCAGUCUCCGGUUUACUUUUACACGUUCUACCACCACUGCCAAACCGAGACACGACCCGAAUGGGCUGAUGCUGCCCAUGGAGAUGAGAUACCGUACGUGUUUGGCGUGCCCAUGAUCGGUGCCACAGACCUGUUCCCAUGCAACUUCUCGAAGAAUGAUGUGAUGCUGAGUGCUGUGGUUAUGACUUACUGGACCAAUUUUGCCAAGACUGGGGACCCCAACCUGCCAGUCCCUCAGGACACCAAAUUCAUUCACACCAAGCCCAACCGCUUUGAAGAGGUUAUCUGGACCAAGUUCAACUCUAAGGACAAGCAGUACCUCCACAUUGGCCUAAAACCUCGCGUUAGAGACAACUAUCGGGCCAACAAGGUGGCCUUUUGGCUGGAAUUAGUCCCCCACCUCCAUAGUCUGCAUGAAGAGCUCUUCCCCACUACUACCCGCUCGCCACAGGGCCCUGGCAGAACCUGGCCUAGAACACCUGGCCCUCGCACCACCCCUCGUCACAUCUACCCUACCUUCCCCUCUGAUCCAGAGCCUGAGGGUUCAGAGCGUCCACCCCAGGACCUCUUCCCUGGAGACACCCGUGACUACUCCACUGAGCUGAGUGUUACAGUCGCUGUGGGGGCAUCGCUCCUCUUCCUCAACAUUCUGGCCUUUGCCGCCCUUUACUACAAGCGUGACAAGCGGCAUGAAAUGCGACGCCACCGGUUGUCUCCUCAGAGGGGCGGACCUGCCAAUGACCUGGCUCACAGCCAGGAGGAGGAGAUCAUGUCCCUACAGAUGAAGCACUCGGAGCAUGAUGCUCACCAUGACAUGGAGCCACUCCGACCACAUGACAUCCUAAGGCCCGCCUGCCCGCCUGACUACACACUGGCACUGCGCCGUGCCCCCGACGACGUGCCACUGAUGACACCUAACACCAUCACCAUGAUCCCCAGUACUAUAACCAGCAUGCAGCCUCUUCAUGCCUUCAACACCUUCCCCUCCACCGGCCACAACAACACACUGCCCCACCCCCACUCCACCACCCGGGUAUAGUAGGGACUGGCCCAACACAGUGCCACCUAAGGACCAGGAAGACUGGCUCUGCCACCGAUCUAGAAGGGAGGCCUCUGGAUGUGGGCCUUCGCUCUGUUCUCUUAUUCUCUCGUUUCUCCAAAAACAACUCCACCUCUUCCAUCAUGUGCUGUCAAACUGAGCAGCUCCACUGGUGGCGUGUGGAAAAGUAACUGAACUGCACGGCAGCAGAUGAUUAGUUUGGGGGUUGACUUAGAUCUUUUAGAAGUACUAUUUUCAAAGAUGGUCUACUGUUUCCUGACUCAAGCCCCCCCCUGAUGUUUGUCAAAGGGACAAAUUAUUUUUGCCCCUCGCUGUUUUCCCUUUUUUACUUUGUUUGUCUUCUCUUUUUUCUCUCCCUGGUGUGCAUAUCUUGUUCUCUUUUCUACAUCUGUGUCUUAUUCCUGCUUUGUUCCUCUCAUUCUACAUGUGAUUCUCUCCCUCUCCCAACGCUCCUUUGCUCUAAGGAUUCAUAAACUACUGAGCUGUAGGAGGGGGCACAGAGUACGUACAGUAAUCAUAUAGCUAUGAAAACACUGAUAUCUGAUACUUUCAUUCUACCAGCAUUCUUGGUGCCAAGUGUGUACUACUGUGUUUGCUUUCUCAUCAAGGGAGAAAAAAAGUCAAGAAAAUUCUAGAGUAUUCCUAUUUACUGUCAAUUAACAGAUGCUGUGUGUUCUCAUGACAAAGUGCCAAACUGGCCCUCGAUUGUGUUUUUCUCUUUCUUUCAUCUUCUGUUCCUUUUUUUCAAGCAUUUGUUUAAUUGUUGUUUUUUGUGGAAAGAAUCUUUUGCUGAAAAUAUAGAUAUAGAGAAAUGAUAUUAUAUAUAGUUAUAUAUAAAUGUGUACAAAGGAGAAAGUAUAUAAAUGGGUUUUCUCAGUGGGGAUCUAUGCAUGAAUUAUUUUUAAAGAUGAUGACGUGGGAAAGAACACUGUAUCUGUCAAUGCACGUUUCCCAAAUCUAAUCAAAUCAUAUCGGUCCACUCUGGAUAUUUUGUUUUUUGUUUUUUCCCUCACAGAGAAGAACAACACAUAACAAUCUUGUAGUAACCUAAGGAAUCCUCUUCACCUCCCAACACCCAUUUAUUAAAAAAGGCAUUGCCACAAAUCUCAGAAGAUGUUAGAGUCAAAGCAACAACUGUGAACAUACUUUCCGAUUAUUCUCUCCUUCAUGGUAUUUCCCCACCCAAAUGAUGCAGCGUGCCAACCGCAAGCCCAUCAUCCGACGGUAGCUACUUUUCCUUUCAUCUGUAUUUAGGUGAUUGUUUUCGUAGGGUAUGUCAGGUACCAAAUCUGUUGUUGUAGCUUGCCUCUCAGAGUUAUUUUUGUAUUUUAGCGAGGGUGAGAAACAAAGCAGAGAUGGGCAGCUUUUGCUCUUUUACGUACACCCUCCUUCUCCUGUCUGCACCCCUGUUUCCAGCAUAUGCAUAUUCUGUUUGAUGUCUGCCUGAGAGAGAUAUAGUGUCUGUGUGUAUGAUUGUGUGUAUGUGGUAUCAGAGCUGCUUCAAAUGGGCAAAGGUGGGCCCUAAUUAGACAGAUAAGAGAUAGAGAGGCAGACAGGCAGGAUCAUCCCCAAAACUCCAAAAUGAGCUCCUUCCUGCUGCGUACCCAAACACCCUCUGUAUGAACAUCACUUACUCUCUCUGUCAGUCCACUAGCUUUGUAUUGAAAACUGACACCCAUAAUACGGUUAUAACCCAUAACCUCCCUGCUGUGUCCACAAAACACCUGACUUCACUGUGUCAGUGUUGGUCUCCACAAUUUCUGACCUCAGCUCAGCUCUGCUGUUAUCCUCACAUUCAAGGGUUAAUUCACUAGUGACUUUGUUUGAGCUCAUCAGUUGUAAAUUAAACUCUAAGCACACUGAGGGUAACCAGUGGGUCUCACCGCCCUGCAGCGCAGAGCUGAAAGAUGAAAAGAGGGCUUGGAUCUCUGAAACAGGGUAAAAGUGACACAGUUGUGCUGUGCUGUUUCUGGUUCUGCGCUUUUCUUACGAGAGAGGGUGAGCAGGCCUGCAAGCUCAGCGACGCCCCACUCUGAUUUUCUGCUACAUAUGUCAAACAUGGAUCAUGGGUAAUACUGUACGUUAACUGAACUGAUGUGCUGUUAUUUGAGCCCACAGGAACACAUGGUAGCCUACAUCCAGUAUGGGAGAAGUUAGUCACCGGUGCUGUCUUUGCUUGUGCUCUAGCUUUAGCCUGUUUGUUUGUUUUCUAUUUUAUUACUGCCUAACUGGGUGGUGGGGAGGACUGGAAGGGGAGAGAUAUAGCUGGCCGCCCCUGUCAGAGAUUUUGUAGGCCCGAUGGAAGGGAAAUGUGCACAAUGUAAAACUCAAAACAACUGACUUGGUUGUGCUGCAGGUGGAUAAAUGCUGAGGAACAGAUGACGGACAGCAGCACAACAACAGGUGCGCACUGUGGAAAUGAGACUCUGGGAAGAGAGUGGAAAGACUCACAGCCUUAAAUGUAGAAAUCAAAAGGGAGGAUGAACUGAUCUCUAGUAAAUAAGGACAUUAAAAGGCAUGGCCAUCUUUCUACCCACAAUGUUUGCCAGGAGGACACCUUGCUACAGAUGAUCUGACAUGUCUGAUCAGAUCCAUGUGAACCCUUUUGUACUCACUCCUGAAGGUAAGGGGGGCAGUGAGGGCUUGUGAAGCAAACCUCACCACAACACAGCUACAAUGACACCACUGGAGGUGAGAACAGAAACAAAGGUAUUUAGUUUGCUCUGUUCUUUGUCCCUGUCUAUUUUAUAAGCUAACACUGGAGGGCGCUAUUGUGACAGAUUCACUGCGGUCUGCCCACUCUGAGGAAAACGGAUGUGAGAAGAAAAAUACCAAACUGGGUGGCAGGACAGAGACGGACAGAACAUCUGGAAGAGGAUCAAAACUGUACAUUUUUAAGUGUAAGAAUCAAACAGACAAAAUAUUUGUAAAUAUUAAGUUUCUUGUUUGUUUUCCUUUUUUCUUUUCUUUUUCUUUUUUUUUUUGAGGGAAUGAAUGAAAUGCUUCUUUGUGACAACAAAAGACAACAGGUGCAGUUUGCUAAAAAUGGCCACGAGUGUGAUGUUUAAAAUUCAUUAGUGACUAAAAAAAGAAAAUGCUUGCUGCAGAUCACUUUUCAUGCCAUCACAAAUGACUUAUUUUAGACUUUGUCUUAGCAUCCUGUAGCACCAUGAUUCUGAACCAAGGAAGGGACUGUAGCUGACAUUCAUCUCCCCUGCAGGUGGUCUACAUGCGUUAGUUAGCAUUUGCUAAUUCCCAAUUAAUAUUACAUUUUUAAAUUUAGAACCACUGAAGCGAAAGUCUGUGGUGUCAUUGCUCUUUGUUCUGAGGUUGGAGAAGGAUCAACUACUCCGUGGCUUCGUGACCUUUUUUUAAGCUUAAGCACACUUUUAUUUUGAAAUACAUCUUGAUCCAACUAUGAAUCUACUGCUUGAUCUGUGUGACUUCAGAGUAUUCAUGGGCUGAGGAACAUCUCAGAGACCAAGAGCACUGAGAAAAUCCAACAUAUAACAGCUAACUAAUGUUAAGAUGGUGGAAGGAACUGGCCAGCCAGGAUUUCUAAUCUAAGACACAACUGCAGUCAAAUAAAUGUUAGCUCACCUCACAUGUAGCAGUGUUUACAUGUAGCCAGUUAAUCACAUGUGGGGACACACACGAGGGCUUUCAUACCAUAAGAUGCCUCAUAUCCUCAUAGAUUAAUGAGAUCACACAGAUGCUCUGACUUUUCCCUUCCACACACUGUGUUGCAUUGUGGUUGUGGAGGUUGUGUCAACCUCACAGUGAUGUGAUGUAGCAGUGAAGAGUUUCAUGUCUGAGAGUCUGGAGAUGGACUAAAUGUUCAGAAAGUCUGAAAUGUCCUGCGCACUUUCAGACUCUGAGCACGAUCAGACUAAAUGCAUGUGGACACACACUGAACCUCGUCAGUGUUAUAAAAUGACUCACUGCACUGUUGAGGCUGAAUUUCCAUUUAUUCUUUUAACAUCAACAAACCUGCAGUCAGCCAAGCAAAACAAGGUGACUCCAUAUCACUGAGGUUAUUUAGAGAUCCUGUGUCAGGUCAGUGGUAAAUGGAAGUACAUGGUUAACACCCCACAGUGGCAAACGCACAUGAAGUCAGUGACACACUCAACAUAAACCUUCAGCUUGGUCUCCAUUGCAAAGAUGCACCUGUUGUCUUGUUUUUACAUUCUUUGUUGAAUUCAGAAACCCAAGACUUGAGAUGAAGAAAAUUGUUAAAUAAUGGAUUUUAAAAAAAGAUGAUUAUUAAAAAAAAAGUAUAGUAAAACUAUAUAAAUAAAUGAGGUGAUGAUAUUUCUGUUUACUUUAGAAGUUAUUAUACACUGUAUGCUGUGAUUCUGAUCUGGGAAACAUUAAAGACAUUCAUAGCCAGCCUGA